GGUAUUCCCAGGUAUAAACUUUACACAAAAAGUAACUGAUACCAAUCUAGCACCAAAAAAAAGGGGCUGUCCUUGCCAAUAAAGAAACAGGAAAUGUUGCGCCACGGACGGAAUGGGGAAUGAAAUUUACACCUGAAUGUACUGAAGUUUUGGUACACCUGUAGUUUAGGGAUGUAUUAAACGAGGAUCUCCUGAGGACUAAGAUUAACAAUGCCGGGAUUACAGCGAAAGGAGAAAUGGGAGUCCAGCAUGUCGGACAUCACAGGGGACACGGCCAGUGUGUCGGUACCCCCCGACCUCCUGACCAACAACAUCGACCCGGGGGUCUACAGGAAGGGCCCCAGGGCCUCCAACGGCGCUUCACAGGUCACAAUAGCAACGGAGGAAACUGAAGACAGUCGGAAACAAAUUUAUGGGAAAGAUGAAAACGAGGAGCGUGGAAACUGGACAGGAAGGUUUGACUUCCUGCUUUCGUUGCUAGGAUACGCUGUCGGCCUUGGCAACGUUUGGAGGUUUCCGUAUUUAUGUUACCGUAAUGGGGGAGGGGCUUUCCUGAUCCCCUUUAUUCUGAUGAUGAUAUUAGUUGGCGUACCUCUGUUCUUUAUGGAGGCUGCUUUAGGACAGUUCUGUAGCAGUGGUCCCAUGACGUGUUGGAGAUUCGCGCCUUUAUUCAAAGGUGUGGGGAUAGCUAUGGUGGCCGUGUCUGCCCUGACGUCACUGUAUUACAACAUGAUCCUGGCCUGGUCCUACUAUUACUUCUUCGCUUCCUUCACCAGCGACCUACCGUGGGUCUCGUGUGACAACUCAUGGAACACCAGGGACUGCAGUACAAUGCUACCACUGACAGACUGCGCAGACUCAGUUGGACAGAAGUACGACAACGGCACGUGUUUGAAUGGCGACACGUUUGUCGGACUCUGGGAUGUGAAAAAGUUCACCAGCGCAACCGGACGAAAACGGAAACUAGCAUCGGAAGAGUAUUGGGAGAAGAUCGCACUGGAUCAGAGUUCCGGAAUCGAGGACUUCGGACAACCGAAGUGGGAUUUGGUUUUGUGCCUUAUGCUCGCGUGGAUCGUCUGCUUCUUGUGUCUCAUCAAAGGCAUCAAAUCUACUGGCAAGGUUGUGUAUUUCACUGCAGUAUUCCCAUAUGUUGUCCUCCUCAUCUUAUUCUUCAACGGAAUAUUUCUCAGUAACGCGGGGGAGGGAAUAUAUUUCUACAUAGUCCCAGACUUCUCUAGACUUCUGGAUGCAGGGGUUUGGAAGGACGCGGCCGUCCAGAUUUUCUUCUCGAUGUCCAUCGCUGGGGGAGGACUGGUCACCCUCUCCAGUUACAACCGUUUCCAUAACAACAUAUUGCUGGAUUCUAUCAUCGUCAGUAUUGGGGACACGGUUACCUGUAUUUUUGCCGGGUUCGUCAUCUUUUCAUAUCUGGGUCACAUGGCCGGUGAACUCAACGUCAAAGUGGAGGACGUAGCCCAAAGCGGCGCCGGUCUUGCGUUCGUGGUGUACCCCACGGCAGUGGCCAGCCUUCCCGCCUCACCCUUCUGGUCCGCCCUCUUCUUCUUCAUGCUCAUCACACUCGGACUAGACAGCCAGUUUGCCAUGUUGGAGACGGUCCUGACGGGGGUCAUGGACCAGUACCCCACCCUGAGGCCCCACAAAACCCUCGUCAUCCUAGCCAUCUCCAUUGUCUUCUUCAUCAUCGGUCUUCCUCUUUGUGCUCCGGGAGGCGUGUACCUGGUCCAGAUACUGGACAACUAUGUGGGGGGAUGGACCCUCCUUAUCAUAGGAUUCGCCGAGGUCACGUGUAUAUCAUAUGUGUAUGGUGUAAAUAGAUUUAUCAGAGAUAUAGAGAUCAUGUUAGGAAAGAAGAUGAUUAUUUGGUGGAAAAUAUGUUGGAUGGUGAUUAGUCCUAUAGCAAUAUUGUUGAUAUUUAUUGCGACGUUUGUGGAAUACGAGGCCUCCACAUACGGGGACUACACGUUUCCGGCCUGGGCAGACGCCCUUGGGUGGAUCAUGGCGGUCGCCAUCAUUUUGGCCAUCCCUAUCACCAUGCUGUACCAAGUCAACAAAGAAGAUGAAGUCACAUCUUUCUGGGGCAAAAUCAAGCUCCAGUGCAUUCCGUCCCGGGAGUGGGGCCCGGCCCUGGUCCGUCACAGAGAGCUAGUGGAUUACGUGGAUGGGUUCGUGCAGGAUCCCUGGGCCGAAAAGGGCGCGUUCGUUAACUACGCCUACAAGUCAGAUAGCGAGUUGCGGACCGGAAGUCUUCGGUCUCUGGAAGCCAGUCGGCUCUCUGCCAGAAUGAAGAAAUCCUUUGCAUCGUCCAAUGGUUCUACAAGAACCGGAAUAUCAUAUGAAACUCACGUUUGAUACAUACAAUGAAAUAGGCAAUGAAUUACAAAUUUAAUAGAGGGCGAAGACUCGCGCAGUCGACAACACAAAUGUACUUGCAGACGAGAAUUAUCAUUUUGUUUUCAUCGUCUGUGAUAUUGUUAACAAAUUAUUUUAUUGUGAAUCAUUCAUCAUUGUCUAAAAUCUACUAGACAGCAUUUAUACUGGAUGAAUACUCUUUGGACUGUAUGGUUCAGGCGUGGAGUGGUAAUCUCUCAAUGUAUGCGGAAGUAUAAAGGACCAAACAUGAUACAAAUAUACCGGUAGUAUGCAUACAAUCAGUGUGACAUUUCAGUAUUUUAUUUUCAUUGACAUUUUUUAUAAUAAUAUGCAGUAUGACAAAGAGCACUGAUAUUUUAUAUUUUGUAUGUUUAUAAAAUCGUGGGAAGUUGGUAUUGUCUAUUGAACUCGACAAGUCAACUGGCUUGGAGAAUCUCGUUUUUUCAUGAAUACGCCAACUGAUAGUUUCACCUGCAAUGUACACACAACUUUUGGACUUUAAUGUCCAGUGCUUACUUGGAUUUCUUAUUUCUAUUUUUCUCUUAUCCAAAAUAUUUUUGAAAGUGUUUUUUUUCAUGUACGGAAGUAUUUUGUUUUAUGCAUAACAUUUUAAAAGUUUACACUUGCUUUUAGCUGUAUUUUGGAAUGUUUUUUAUUACUAUUCUAGAGAUCUUUACCUGGACUUACAUUGUAAUUAUACAUGCAUGUGAUAAUCUACAAGACACAAUAAAAAUAUGAUGUAAAAACAAUA